AAACGCAAGGCGAUCAGAUUCUAAAUUGUUUUGCGAUUUUGUUCUGUGAAGCAAAAAGAAUUUGCGUUUCAGCGUUAUAAAUAUUUUGCAUUUGUUUUGUUUACAUCGCGAACAUAGGCACCCACCACUCGGCUGCUGAUGUUCCAGAUAAUAAAAACAAGUCGAUCUAAGAUGCAGGAGUUGCAGUAUUUGGAACUUGCUUCGAAGGGAUCAUCGCCACCGCCGACGUUGUUGCUGAAAACAACCUACCCUGGCAACGGAACAAAGCGUCAGUUUGUUAAAGUGAACGAGGAAAUGUUUGUCAGUGAAAUCAAGAAACGACCGAUUCUGUACAACACGACCAUGAAGGAUCACAAACGAUUCAGCACUCGCCAUGAAGCUUGGGCCGAGGUUGCCGUGGCGAUGAAUCUUUCCGAGCAGGAGUGCAAGAAACGCUGGCGAAGUCUGCGCGAUGCUUUCAUGAAGGUGGUACGGAACAAGAACGAGGAAGAACAGAAAACCUGGAUUCACUACCGGUUGCUGGAAUUUUUGCUGCCAUUCAUCGGGAAAAAGGGUAAAAGAUCGAGAGAAAUAGAAUGCAUGGAAGGAUUUGAUAAUGACGAUGAUGAUGCAGAAUACGUAGAGUUCGAAGAAGGUGUGGAACUUUUCAAGUCAAGUCGAGAGCCUAUAACUGUGUCGUACGUAACAGAGGAUGGAGAGGAGGUAUUCCAAAUGCUUCAAGACCCAGAUAAUAUUCCUGAAGGUGCUGUUAUAGGAAUUGAAGAAACUGAAGAUGAAGAUGAAAUCGAGGAAGAGGAGAGAAUGUUUCAUGAUAAUCGACUGGUUGAGGAAGAGUUGCAACCAAACCGAGAAGAUUGGUUGUCACCACGACAUCAAAUUAACGGCAAUAGCAAUGGCAAUCGAGAAGAAAAUUCCGAAAACUUUCUCUACGAAGAACGAUUAGAUUCUACGAUGUUGGACAUUCAGCAAUCUUACGAAAUGCCGGCACAGCAUUCAUAUGCGCAGAACUCUGUCAAAUUAGAAGCUCUCUCUGAAGGUGAUUCUGAGAUUCACGUCGAAGAAAUCGAAAUGGAAUCGGUUAUAUCCGAACAUCCCGAUGAGGGUUCUGUUAUUUCAGAACAUAAGCAACCGGAAUCGAUACAUCAAAACUUUGAAAAACAAGUAUCAUCAGAACAAUCUCCAGAAUGCCAUGAAUCUAGUUCUUGUGUCGCUCCCGAAAGUAUUACCGUUUCUUCACCCGAGCCAGUUGCAUCAGAACAAACAACGCAGGAGCUACCAUCGGCUUCGCCUGUUCAACUGCAGUCAUCUGUGCGAGAAGAUAUGCACGUCCAUAUCGGGAACCGAACACCAGAACAGACUAGCAAAGCCGGAUGUGGCGACUCGGAUGAACGAUUUCUUCUGUCAUGUGCACCGAUUCUGCGACGAUUACCAAACAAAAAGAAUCAACUGGCUCGAUUAAGAAUACAGCAGUUACUGUUUGAAUUAGAGUAUGACGAAAAAUAUAGCAGUUAAUUAAUGGUUUUACAGUU